AACCAAUUUAGGUAAAAAUGACAACAUAGUCACGCAUCUCGCAUCAUAAUAUUUUUCCUACUUCAGAUAAAAAUAACCUUAACCAAUAUCACAACUUUGUAACUCAAACAAAACAACACCAAUUACAAAUACCAAUAUCACAACUUUGUCUUGUCUCUUUCAUUCCCAUUUUCAUUUCAUGUUCCUUAAAAUUCAAUGUUUAUAAUUCUUUCAUUUUCAUUUUUUCUUCACUUCUUAGCUUAAAAAAAAAUUAAAAAUUAUUAACAACAACAUGGAUUCUCAAAACCCAAACUUUACUACACCUCCACCUGGUUUCUCUGUCCCUGUCCCAGCUUCAUUGCUAACUCCGAAGCAAGAGCCUCGUGACGAACCACCUCAACAGGAACAGAAUCAACAACAACAGCCGCAACCACAGCAAGAACCGAACCUGAAUGAUGUUCCGAACCUCAAUCUUAACCUAAAUCUUAACCUCGAUGAUAUUUAUGAAGAACAAACCCUACCCGAAGGGUUUUCCAACUUUAACCUUAUCUCAGAGGCUUACCCAACCGGGUUCACUACAGGUAUUCAACAACUCGAAAAUGACGUUGAUGAUGCUUAUGAUCCUAAUUCACGCGCCAUCGUUCCAGUUCCCGAGGCCCGUCAGAGUUACGACAACAAUGCUCCGGGGGCGGGGGAAGUUGCCGCGCAGAGGCUUCAACGCCGUUAUAAGGAGCUUGUCCGUGUGGCGGAUCUUGGUUUAGCGGACCAGCGUCAGUUUCGGGAUAUGGUGAGAAGGACAAGGAUGGUUUAUGAUUCGCUUCGCGUUUUGGCUUUGAUUGAAGAGGAGAAGAGAGGUGAUGUUCGUAGACUGAGAAGCGAUCUUAAAGCUUCUGCUUUGAUGAGGACCAGUGGUUUGUGGCUGAAUCGGGAUAAGAGAAUUGUUGGUCCGAUUCCUGGUAUUUGUAUUGGUGAUGUGUUUCUUUAUAGAAUGGAGUUAGUUGUGAUUGGUUUACAUGGGCAGCCGCAAGCCGGAAUUGAUUAUUUGCCUGGUAGUAUGAGUUCAAAUGGCGAACCGAUUGCUACUAGUGUGAUUGUUUCUGGUGGAUAUGAGGAUGACAUCGAUCAAGGCGAUGUUAUUAUCUAUUCUGGUCAUGGUGGUCAGGAUAAGAAUUCGAGGCAGGUUUUUCAUCAGAAGUUGGAAGGUGGGAACCUUGCGAUGGAGAGAAGUAUGCAUUAUGGGAUUGAAGUUAGGGUUAUUCGCGGUGUUCGGUAUGAAGGUUCGUCUUCUGCUUCUGGUAAGGUUUAUGUUUAUGAUGGCUUGUAUAGGAUUGUUGAAUAUUGGUUUGAUGUUGGUAAGUCCGGUUUUGGUGUUUAUAAGUUUAAGUUAUGGAGGAUUGAUGGUCAAGCUAAGAUGGGUAGUGUGAUUCUUAAGGAUGCUCUUAUGCUGAGGAGGGAUCCUUUGUUUAUUAAACCUAUGUGUGUUUUUUCGCUUGAUAUUUCGAAUAGGAACGAGAAUGUCGGUGUGAGGCUUUUUAAUGAUAUUGAUAGGAGUAAUGAUCCGAUGUGUUUUCAGUAUCUUCCAAGGUCUACUUUUCCGCAGUUUGUGUUUCAUCACAGUGGGAGGGUGACGGGUUGUGAGUGUGUGAAUGGUUGCGUCGAAGGAUGCUUUUGUUUCAUGAAGAAUGGAAAUGAGUUUCCUUAUAGUCAAAGUGGGCUUCUCUUGAAAGGAAGACCGUUAGUCUUUGAAUGCGGUCCUUUUUGUAGAUGUCCGCCUCAUUGUCGUAACCGUGUUACACAAAAAGGGCUGAAAAAUAGGUUGGAAGUGUUUAGAUCUAAAGAGACUGGUUGGGGAGUCAGGUCUUUGGACCUUAUUCAAGCUGGAGCUUUUAUAUGUGAAUACACCGGGAUUGUUUUGACUAGGGAGCAAGCACAGGUUUUGAUCAUGAAUGGUGAUUCAUUGAUAUAUCCGAAUCGCUUUUCGACUAGGUGGGAAGAAUGGGGUGAUUUAUCUCUGGUAAACCCUAAUUAUGAGCGCCCGACGUAUCCAUCAGUUCCUCCUUUAGAUUUUGCUCUGGAUGUGUCAAAAAUGAGGAAUGUUGCUUGCUACAUGAGUCAUAGCUCAACUCCCAAUGUGUUGGUUCAGUUUGUUCUAUAUGAUCACAAUAAUUUGAUGUUCCCUCACCUUAUGCUAUUUGCGAUGGAGAACAUCCCUCCGAUGAGAGAGUUUAGCCUUGAUUAUGGAGUAACUGAUGAUGAGUUGACUGGCAAGCUCGCUAUAUGUAACUGAAUAUUUUGGGCGCCGUACAUUAAGAUUAAAACGUCACUUUAAGAACUCACGUGCCGCUGUUUCUCACUCUUGCCUCCGUUCAUCUCGUUCAUUCGACGUAUUUCUGUAGUUAUAACGAAGUUGUCUUCUCCGAUGCAACAGCCUUCAUGCACCAACAAGGUAACAAAGACCAUUCUCCAUGGCGUCUCUUGCGAUUCUUCUUCUCAUUCCCAUAAUAAAUCUUGUACCGGAGGCCUUUAUAAGCCAAGUCGUCACAAAUCUGGAGCCGCAAACUUCUGAUUUUAAUCGUGUCUCUUGCGAUUAUUCAUCCCAUUCCUUUAAUAGAUCUUGUACGAGAGGCCUUUGUAUGCCAAGUCGUCACAAAUCUGGAGCCGCAAACUUCUGAUUUUAAUCAAUACAAAUCCGGUGUUGGAUUGAUUAUGUAAAUGGGAAUUUUUAUUUGUUUUUUAGAUUUUAUAUCUCAAGGGAACAAUGACCUUUUUUAAGUAAGCGGUAAAAUAUCGGUGUCUCUAAUUAUUUUCCCUGUAUGCUAGAAAUUCAUGGAGGUUUCACAGUUAAAAUACCUGGCCAUUUAUUGUUUAUUGGUACUAUUUUAUUGAAUCUAUGGUUUUAAAAGCUUAACCUUUCCUUUCAUGAGAUGCCCUUUUCUAGUCAAGCUUUUAUGCAAAAUAAUUCAUUUUAUUUAAUUCAUACCGUAUCGCAUAUUACAUUAUGGCAAUUCUCUAAUUUAACCAUUAUGUCUUUCCUUUUCAGAGAUGCAUAAUAUGUUAAGCUUGCAACCAAUAAUUCUUUAAUUUAAAUUUUCCUUAAAAGAUAACAGACUAACUCGAGAGUUUACAAAAACUCGUGAUGGUCCAUAGGCCUGCCUUAUAGUAUAAAAUAUACACCUAUAAGUGAUAUAAUUUCCGAUAUACAUAACAUAAUAACACUGUAGUCAACUCAGUAGCGGCGUGAUAGCAUAUCGAUUUUGAAAAUCUGCUACAGAAACUGCAACCAUUAUCCUAGUUUGGCUAUUAUGGUUAUAGUGUUUAUUGUUUCUGUUUCUGCUAUUAACCUUUAAGCCUUCACUAUAAAUAUUUAGUAUAUUUUAUUUUUAAAUAACUGUUAUUUCCCUCGCUGUUGUCGCUACGUCAGCUAGGAGAAACUAGACUAGCUUCCACUAGUUCUCUAAUAGAGAAACUAGGAUAGCAUUACGGUUUUCAUGGCAAGUUCAUCACAGUCUACUAUGCUAUAACACCCCCAUUUGACAACAGGAGCGAACUGGUAAGACUCUUUAAGACAGACAUCGCCAGUCUAACUUUCAAACUCCGCAGUACAUGGCCCGAGACCUGCAGGUUUCAUAACUGUCUGCUCUGUCACGCACAAGAAAUACAAUUAAAAUAGCGAAAUCUAGAUUUAAAUAGUAAAAUCUUACGAUUUUGACCAAUGAAUUGCUGUGAGAUCCCACUUUUGUGCUUGAUCGAUGCGAGUUUGUAGCAAAAUUGAUUUUGGAUUGUGAAAUAGCACGAUUGUGUGCGAUCCAGAGUGUUCAUAUGGGCUCAGCUCAGCUUUUACCCGGGUCACGCGGCCUGAUUAGGUAAAAACAAAGCAAACAUACAAUUUUGGAUUGUGAAAUAGCACGAUUGUGUGCAAUCCAGAGUGUUUAUAUGGGCUCAGCUUUUACCCGGGUCACGCGGCCCGAUUAGGUAAAAACAAAGCAAACAUAUGUUUUUCAUCAUUUGAACUGCAUAGUCUCCCUCCCUCAAACAACUUAUAGCCUUUCAUCUGCUUUUCUGCGCCAUCAUUUGUCACUCACUAUCAACAAACACGGCAUUCUUUGUUUUCUGCUGAGUAUCCAAAUAUGUGGCUUUGAAAGUUUGCUAUGACUAUUACUUAGUU